AGGCUAACACUUCUGUUGUCGUGUGCAAUGAAAUUUCAAUCCUAUCCUCACGACACACAAAACUGUACGAUGAAAAUAGAGUCGCUUUCGUAUACAACCGAUGAUCUGGUGUUUGAUUGGGAGACAGAAACACCACUGGCUGUCGACGAGUCCAUUGAAUUGCCUCAACACGACCUCAUCGACAAACGCGUCGGUGACUGCACUCAAGUCUAUUCCUCGGGAAAUUUUACGUGCGUACAAGUGUUGUUCACAAUAAAAAGGAGACUGGGUAUGUAUUGUUUGAAAUACUAAUUAUCC